AUGUUUGAAAAAGUCUUCCAUAAACGACCGCAAGACCUCUAUGCGAAUAGUGAGGCUACUGAGGUGCCUAGGGAGUCGGUCUCUACUGCUGAGCAUGAGAAAGGCCCUAGCGAUCUAGUGGAUACUCCUAUCCCGCUCUUUACGGUGCGCUCUUUUAUCAUGGGCAUCUUUGUGUCUAUGGGAGGUUUCUUGUUUGGCUACGAUACCGGUCAGAUCUCAGGUUUCCUUGAGAUGCCCAAUUUCUUAAUGCGCUAUGGUGAGCCGAGUGGAGAUGGAACCUUUCAUUUCAGCAACGCUCGCUCUGGUCUUAUCGUUGGCCUGUUAUCCAUCGGUACCUUGAUUGGAGCUCUAGUAGCAGCACCGAUUGCCGAUCGCAUUGGACGGAAAUGGUCCAUCAGUGGAUGGUGUACCAUACUCAUGGUCGGGGUGACUGUUCAGAUAUCAUCUCCCUCUGGCAAAUGGUAUCAAUUUGCCAUGGGCCGUUGGGUAACCGGACUGGGAGUUGGUGCUCUAUCUCUCCUUGUGCCAAUGUACCAAGCCGAGUCAGGACCAAGACAUAUCCGAGGAUCGCUGAUCAGUACCUACCAACUGUUCAUUACACUGGGAAUCUUCGUUGCCAAUUGUAUCAACUUCGGUACCGAGGCUCGCACCGAUACCUCGUCGUGGCGUAUCCCAUUGGGCAUCACCUAUUUCUGGGCUCUGGUUCUCGGCAUCGGUAUGCUAUUCUUCCCGGAAAGUCCUCGCUACGACUACCGCCACAAUAAGGUGGAAGCUGCCAUCGAGAAUCUAGCCAAGAUCUACGGUGUUCCCCGGAAUCACCGCGCGCUGCAUAUCGAAUUCGAAGAAAUCAAGCUAAAAUACGAGGAAGAGGUUCGCAAUGGCACAGUCACAUGGAAGAUGCUCUUCAAGGCUCCGACUAUGGGCUAUCGUGUCGCCGUAGGAGUCGCACUUCAAGCACUCCAGCAGCUCACAGGUGCCAAUUACUUCUUCUACUAUGGUACCACUGUCUUCCAAGGUGCUGGAAUCCAAAACAGCUACGUAACGCAAAUGAUCCUUGGCGGAGUGAAUUUCGGCACCACAUUUCUCGGUCUCUACCUCAUCGAGCACUACGGUCGUCGUCGCUCCCUCAUCGUAGGUGCUCUAUGGAUGUUUGUCUGCUUCAUGAUCUUCGCCUCAGUAGGCCACUUUUCUCUAGACCGAGAAACCCCCGAGAACACCAAAUCCGCCGGCGUGGCAAUGGUGGUCUUUGCCUGCCUCUUCAUUCUGGGCUUUGCCAGUACGUGGGGUCCAAUGGUAUGGACCAUCAUUGCCGAGUUGUACCCCUCACAAUACCGUGCGCGGGGAAUGUCUCUAGCCACCGCGUCAAACUGGCUCUGGAAUUUCUUGUUGGCGUUCUUCACGCCGUUUAUCACCAGUGCGAUCGAUUUUCGGUAUGGUUACGUCUUUGCCGGAUGUCUUUUCCUAGCUGCGGGGCUUGUCUACUUUGCUGUCAUCGAGGGACAAGGUCGUACUCUUGAGGAGAUUGAUACUAUGUAUCUCAUGAAGGUCAAGCCGUGGAAGAGUUCCAAGUUCCAGUUCCCGGCUGAUCCGGCGGUUAUUCGAGGGUCGUUUGAUAAGGGAGAUGGGACUGCUGGUGCUUCCACUCAUAUCCCGGAUGCUACUACUGAGCUGCAGGAAGAUGGGCAUGCGGUGCCACAGACCCAGUCCGAUGUGCAGCCUGAGUCGCAGGGAACACGAACGGAUCUAUAA